AUGCUUAAUGAAUUUAAACCAUUUUUGGAAAAUCAAAAUGUAGCCCAAACAUUAAGUGCUGCAAGACUUUCGAAUGAGACUCCGCAGUUUUCUGGACCAAUUCAAAACGUUACAGUAGCUCUCGGAAGAGAGGCAGUACUUAGCUGUACAGUUACCGAUCUUGGACAUUACAAGAGAAUAUUAUCUCAAGGAAUCAAACUUCCUAAUUAUUUAUAG